AUGCUCGUCCCCUUCGCUCCGCUGCUGAUUGGUGCUGCCUAUGCUGCGAAGCUCGCGCCGAGACUGCCUGAAGUGACGCCGGACUAUGCGCCAUUCGGCGGCAAGAACGCGAGCAUUCUGCAGUCGCCUGCGGACUGGAACAGGAACACCUACCCCAUCUUUGUGCAUUCGCACAACGACUACGAGCGCCCGGUUCCCGUGUUCCAGGCGCUGUCGUACGGUGUGCUGAGCAUCGAGUCGGAUGUCUGGCUGAACCCCAAGGACAACAAGCUCUACGUGGGCCACGACGCUUUUUCGCUCACGCGCGAGCGCACCUUUGACGCGCUCACAGUCCAGCCGCUGGUCAAGGCGAUCGACCAGGCCAACGCCGCAAACGCCAAGCACGUCGACAAUGACGCCUCGGCGCUCUUUGCCGACCUCCAGGCGUCGGUCAAGACGGACAAGUCGCCGUGGUGGAACGGCUACUAUUCGCUGGGCGUCGGCAACACGCAGCCCAUCCAGCUCAUGGUCGACAUUAAGAACAACGCCAACCAAUCGUGGCCGCACGUCGUCGAGGCGCUCGAGCCGCUGCGCAAGAAGGGUUACCUGACGCGCUACGAGAACGGCAAGAUUAUUCCGGGGCCAGUGAUUGUCGUCGGCACUGGCGCGACGCCGAUCGACCAGGUCGCACCGAAGCACAAGCGCGACGUGUUUUACGACUGCGAGCUUACCAAGCUCCACCUCGGCGGCCCAAAGAUUCAUGGCGUGCAGUACGAGUGGAACUCGACGCUAUGCCCGAUUGCCUCGACCGACUUUACGCCGGCCGCGCUAAACUAUACCGGAAUUCACGCACCGUCAAAGAAGGUCAAUGCCUCGAUCUCGGGAUUGAUCAAGGAGGCGCACAAGCGUGGCAUCAAGACGCGCUUCUGGGACACGCCGGCGUGGCCUGUCUAUGCGCGUGAUCGCGUGAACAAGCUGCUGCUGGAACUCGACAGCGACUGGAUCAACGCUGAUGACCUCGAGGCUAUUGCGCGUUUCUAG